GAGAGGCUGAGGUAAAUGCCGGGUCCUCCGACGGAGGCUGAGGGGCCGAGCCGCGAACUGCGCGGGGCCUCGGGCUCCGUGUGACCGGCUCCUCCGGGGAGGCGGCGGCCGGAGUCUCUGGCCCCGGGCUCCCUGGUAGAUCAGAAUCUUAAGACUUCACAACUAUAACCUGCCAAAUAAAAAUUCCAAGGCUAACCAAUCCAUGAGUGGGCAUCGAUCCUCAAGGAAGCGAUGUGGAGAGUCACGCUUAGAAUCCCCUAUGGAUUGUGGUCAUGUUCCUGCUACAGUGUGUGUGUUACGCAAGUUGGUUCAGUUGCCUACACCGCCAUUGUCAAAGCACCAGCUAAAGCGGUUAGAAGAACACAAAUAUCAGAGUGCUGGACAGUCCUUGCUUGAGCCACUAAUGCAAGGUUACUGGGAAUGGCUAGUUGGAAGAAUUCCAGCCUGGAUUGCCCCAAAUCUGAUCACCAUUACUGGACUGUUAAUAAACAUAUGUACAACAGUAAUAUUAGUGUAUUACUGUCCAACAGCUGCAGAGCAGGCACCUCCGUGGGCAUAUCUUGCUUGUGCAUGUGGCCUUUUCAUUUACCAGUCUUUGGACGCUAUAGAUGGAAAACAAGCAAGAAGAACCAAUAGUAGUACUCCUCUGGGAGAACUUUUUGACCAUGGUUGUGAUUCACUGUCCACAGUCUUUGUGGUUUUGGGAACUUGUAUUGCUGUGCAGCUGGGGACGAACCCUGACUGGAUGUUCUUUUGUUGUUUUGCUGGGACAUUCAUGUUUUAUUGUGCACACUGGCAGACGUACGUCUCUGGAACAUUGCGCUUUGGAAUAAUUGAUGUGACUGAAGUGCAAAUCUUCAUAAUAAUCAUGCAUUUACUGGCCGUGAUUGGAGGACCACCUUUUUGGCAAUCAAUGAUUCCAGUGCUGAAUAUUCAAAUGAAAAUAUUCCCAGCUCUUUGUACUGUUGCAGGAACCAUAUUCUCCUGCACAAACUAUUUUGGUGUGAUCUUCACAGGUGGUGUUGGCAAAAAUGGAUCAACUAUAGCUGGAACAAGUGUCCUUUCACCUUUUCUUCAUAUUGGAUCAGUGAUCAUAUUAGCUGCAAUGAUCUACAAGAAAUCUGCUGUGCAGCUCUUUGAAAAGCAUCCUUGCCUAUAUAUACUUACUUUUGGUUUUGUAUCUGCUAAGAUAACUAACAAAUUGGUGGUUGCACAUAUGACCAAAAGUGAAAUGCAUCUGCAUGAUACAGCAUUCAUAGGUCCAGCACUUUUGUUCUUGGACCAGUACUUUAACAGCUUUAUUGAUGAAUAUAUUGUACUUUGGAUAGCCAUGAUCUUUUCCCUCUUUGAUUUGCUCCGCUACUGCAUCAGCGUGUGCAAUCAGAUUGCUUCCCAUCUACACAUCCAUGUAUUCAGAAUCAAGGUCUCUUCCACACAUUCUAAUCACCAUUAGUCCCUGGGGGGUUGCUGUGAUGAGAAAUACGAAACAAGUGUUUUCUAUGGGGAAGAAUAUGAACAUAUUUAGGAGACUAAGGCAAAAGGAGCAGAUAAGAACAAAUCUAAUUUAUAAUAAUCAACGUUGUAUAACUUUUAUUCUUUGUUACUGGUACCACUCCUUAACUAGUCUUUGCCUAUGAGAGAGUGAAUUCCAAGUACUCUCCAGUCAAACAUCAUGUAGUCAACUCUACUGGUUCUGUGCCCGGGAAAGCAUGCAGGAAGUAAUGCUUUGUCUUUGUAAUUACCUUGAAUACAGAAUAAACUAUCUGUGGUGAAUGGAUCCCUAA